UCCACCAAAUAUAUAUAUGAAGAUAUAAACGCACCGCGCGCCUCCCGAUUCAAAAAGUGAACGAAACAACAAAGAAAAAUCGAAUCUCGGCUAGCUUUCAGAAUUUUCUUCAAUCACUUCCGGUUCCUCGUGUCGUUAAUCCGAUUGGCAGAUUAUGGCCUGCAUCGGUUACGUUAACGCACACGAUCGGCGAGUGUUACAGGAUCGAGCGAUAUUCGUUCCACGUGUUAUGAGAUCGCUCGUUGAAAAUCUGCCGAUCCGACGAAAUACGGAAGCGUACACGCUCGAAUACGAUCGAAGAACGAUUUACGCUUCCUGCCGCGUAGAAUGAAAUCGCGGGAUUCUCAGGCGAACCCGCGAUGUGUUACGGAAAGACUCGUGAACGGCGAUCGUUUAGGAACGUCCAACGGGGGUACUCCAUACCCGGUGACACCUCAUCCACCAACAGGUUUUGUCCCUGCGCCGACACAGCCUGCUACCUACGGUGGUGCACUUUCAGGUGCCACACCGUACGGAGUGUUUCCUAAUCAACCACAACUGUACGCAGCGCAAGGACCGCCGCCGCCGACAUACGAUCAGACUCUUACGCAUCCUAUGAUGUAUCAACCAAUGUACGGUCAAGGAUACCCAGGAUACUUAGCGAAUGCAUGUUAUCCUGCAUACGGGCCAUUGCAAUAUUAUCCGCCAUUAGCUGCAGCUGCAGCGUACUACCCUGCAGCGGCGAUGCAGCCUCCAGUUAGGCCCCCCACACUUGUGAUGCCUAAUGGUUUCGACGCUACCAAUCGAUUCGAUAGCAUCUCGCAACCCGUCUUGCCACCGCCCCCAACAGUUCCAAAUGCCGCCCAACUAGCUGCAAUGGCUAGCCACAGUGUCGCUAUAUCGCAAAAGAAAAACUUCCUAGGAGGAGGAACAGAUGGCGGUUACACCUUUUGGUAAACCAUUAUACCUUUUGUGAAACACUAAGUCUAACAAAGGCAUUGUUGUCGAGAAUGAUCCAUGUAGGCAAAUCUGAUUUUUGUGUUAGAAUUCUACUAUUUUCACAUUGGGAGCAGCUAUCGAUUAGUAUAACUUGAGCGCGGACCGAUCGCGGAGUCGGCAAUUUUUUACGCGGUAUUCGUAGUGUUUUCUAGAGCCUAGCGAAAGAAAAUUUGGUUCUCCGAAUCGCAAAACACUUGAAUUAUGAAAAAUUAAAAAAAAAAAAACAACAACAAACAAACAAAAAAAAACAAAAAGAAGAAGAAAAAAAAAUGAACAUACGCGACCGGGCACACGAGCGUGGUUAUUGAGAUCGUAGCGAUCGGUCGGCGCAUCGAACGUACUGUGAAAUUUAUUAAGAGAAACGUUAAGAAGGGAAGACUCGUGCAACACCCGUCAUACGAUUCCGAAACAGCUACUUGAAUUAGUUCGAAAAAAGAACCGGAUGGUAUAUUUUGUAAAGCAAACGAUGCGUGGAAAUUUCACGAGCCGGUGUGUUUAAUUAAAAAUACGUCAUGGCGGUGCAACCGCGAGAACGAUCGAGCGAUACACGAAUUUUUCAACGUACUAAAAACUGUAGAAUUUAAGAAGAAUUAUUUAACAAAGAAAAAGCGUAGCGUCAUUUUCAAUUGUACAACUGCCAAGAAGAACGUUAAACAUCAAUUAAUUUCUGAUCGUAGCACCGCAAAGUACAUUCGACAUUUCAACAUUAAGAAUUUUCAAAUCAUUCCCAAAUACGUUUCGCUCGAUCUUUCUGCAUUUAACGGCUGAUCAUAUUCCAAAACGCACGAGAUGUUCCAUGCUUUCUUUUUCUUUCUUUUUUCUUUUUAAUUUAAUGAAAAGGGUUAUUAAGCGCGAGCGAGAGUAGGGAACACUGUGUUGUUCUUCUUUUUAGAGUUAGCGGGUGAAUACGUGCACCACCGGAUGCGAGUUGUCUCAUUCGCCUACAGGGAUCGAUAUUCAAAGUGUGUUCUAAGCCUUUUUUAAGCGCGACUUGGUUUUCUGCAAGGCAGGCCGAAGAGCAAAGGGGCUGCUCACGUUAUUUCUGUUACUUUUUACACGACUACAUUUUUUUUUUUCGAGAUUUUUUUUUUUCACUCCUGGUGUUCUCCAGCGAGGUUUCUUUUCCAAAGUAAAUUUGUUACUUCGCGAAAAUAAAGAUCAUUAUGGGUAGCCCUAACGUUUAGAGAAAAAAAGAAUAUGUACGUGAUAGGAGCCUGAGGAAUGCGUGAGAGUCGUUCGUGGUUGUAAAGCUAACCGACGCGCUUUGUAUUUCGAAUUCGACGAAUAGCCGAUAAUAUCCGAUUAACAUCGAAUACUUAAACAUAAUAGAAACUUUUGCUAUCGUACAUUUUGUUUUGAUAAGAAUUUUAGCCAAGUUCUUACAGUUCGAAAGGGUUUCUUUCCGACGUUGUUAGAGACACACGAAAGCGACGCUUUCUGUGAAUGAAAACGGUGACGAUAAUGUUUAAGGCUCGAGUGCCAAACAACGGAGAAAUUAAAAUUAUAAAUACCGAAGAUUCUCACGUAUUCGACGACUUCGAAGAUACUUACUACUCUACCUAAAAGUACGCACUCUCUUCUUUAAAAUCAGUAGUCUUUCCUCCUAGUUGUUUGAUGUUUCUUUCUUAAACGCAGAUUAGCUAGGUCGGCUAACAAAGUUAUUAUUUAAUUAAAAUGAAAGGCUUGUCUGCGGCGCGCGAAUUUCUUCAAGCAGGUUAAAUUGUGCUUCGAUUGAAACAGUUGCCAUGUAGCAUUCGAUAUAACCCGUGCGUUUUCUCGCUUCUACCGUAGGUUAUCUAAACAUUCGAAAAUUAUACACCGGUCUCCAUGACAUCUAAAGUACGAGAGACGUCUAUCUCUAAGCGUGUAAAAAUUGUACAGUUUCGUUGAAAGCUGUCAAGGGACUGCGUGGAAACUGGCUUCGAUCAAAGCUCGCGAAGGAAACAAA